CGAGAUGCAAGAAGGAGGCUUGGAACGCAAAGUGAGCCGGAUGUUGAGUUCUAUAGCGGUGUACAUGUGAAUUCAGCAUGGCUCCUGGAGGAAAGAUUAAUCGUCCUAAAACAGACUUGCACAAGAACUUAUUUAAGCGCCGCCGUGUUUUACAGCGUGAGAAACGCAAAAACCGCAAAGUGAUUGGAGCUGUAGUGGACAAAGAAUUAAUAACUGUUAAUCACCUCCGAAAGAGAUCCUCCAGUGCAAGAGCCAACAUCACUCUUUCUGGCAAGAAGAAGAGAAAACUUAUCAAACAGUUACAGCAUCACCAGAAAGAAAAAGAGAAGAUGGAUGUGGUGCCAGUGUCUCGACCUAAGGUAUCAUCCAAUGCAAUGGAGAUUCAGUCAAGCAGCAUUGCCAUCACCAAGAAAAAGAAGUCCAAGAAAUCUCCAAAAGAUAUUGAAAUGGAAGAAGUUGAGAACAAAGUUGAUCCACUUCUGCAGGGGUCACAAUAAUACCACUAGUUUUUUGUUUGUUUUUUUUCCCCAUCUUCUUUCUGUAUUUUCAACAACUUCACAAACUUUUAUUAUUAUAUAUGAAAGUCAGCAUUGAACACACUGUUGGGUCACAAACCUAGUCUGUCCCAAACCUUCUGAAGUGCACUUGUUCCUCAGACUUCGUAUGGUAUAAAGUGGUUACUUACAAGCAAAAACCUUUUUUUUUUUCUUUUUUUUUUUUUGAACUUUGGCCUCUAGAUAAGGGUUCUCUCUCUGUAGAGAAGAGCCGUGUUACCUGGAGUGGAUGAUUGUUGUUUAUAACUGUGAAAAAGAGCUGUUCGAUUCUCAGGAAGAGGAGAUUUUUCGUUGACCUUUUAUUAAUAACAAGUGAACUCAGAGCGGGUCGUCUCUGAUCGAUUUAUGCAUUUAAUUGGACUGUAUAAUAAAAAAAACUUCUCUCCUGUUUAAUCCUUUAACCAAUAUUAAAUCUGUAGUCUAGAUUACAUAUGUACAAAAAAUAUGUAAUGUAAACAGGAAGUUUUUCUUUUGUUUAUUUCAAUAAAAUCUUUCUUCAAA